GUCUUUUUGAGAUGUUUUGCUUCCAAACCGCAGCCCUUCUGCCUCAAGUCUUUCGCUUCUUUCGCUCUCCCAAAGCAUCUCCAAAAUCAUGUUGCGCCUCAUCGCAGCCGUAACUUGCAUCGCUUCAGCAGAGUUCACUCUUGAGAAGUUGGGUGAAAUGUCAACUUCGAUCCAAAAGACAGCUGAUGAGUUGCAGGACAAGGUUGUGUCUUUGAGCAAGGAGAUUGCUCCCUUGACUGUGAAGAUUUCUACCUUGCCGUCAAAAGCUGUCGGGGCAAGUGAUGAAGAGAAGGCAACUUUGGAGAAGCAGAUGAAAGCUUACUGGGCACAGAUUUGCACCGCUGUCGACUCUUUGACCAAGGUGCAGGCAGAUGUGGAGAAGCAGGCAGGGGAGACCAAGGAUGCCGUGGCCCAAAUCCAGUCUCAAGCUGUUGACAUGGCGGGUGAUCCUGAGAAAUUGAAGGAUGGACCUACAGUGCAGUACUACUUGACCAAGUUUCAGACGGCCAUUCAGACUCUGGAUGCUGCAGACACCUCUGCAAAGACCUACACUGGAUCAAUGACAGCCGACACGGCCGACACGUGCAAAAACAUUGCCACUGGUGAGACUGCCGCAACCAGGUUGUUUUUGGAGAUGGGGCCAUUGUCUCGUCCCACGUUCCAUCUUCCUUCUGCUCUCCUGGGCGCAGUGGGUGCGACUGUCGUCGGAGCAGCUUUGUUCGUCUUCCGAACCAUGGGCAAGUCACGCUCCAACCAAGUGGCAUUGAUGGAGGAAGGCAACCUCGAGUGAGGGGCUAGCGGCGCUGUUGCAUCGAAAGAGAUGACAACAGUUGGCUGCACCACGGAUAAGUGGUAUACGGUAUAGAUUCAUCUACCUGCACCCUUCAGGGAAUCAGGGAAUCAAAAGAUUCAGCCCUGUGGGCGACAAAGGGGU